CAUGGCUUAGGUGUCUUUGUUGCUCCACUACCAAAUCACUACAAGUAACUCUUGCCCUCGUCUCACUUGGUGAGUAGACUUCUGCCAUUACUGGUGUCCAGUCCCAACAGCAGACUCGAAGCCGGCUCCCUAUAUACAUACAUAGACGCGAUAUCCAGCAUCAACAUCGCCCAGCGGUCUAUCGGCUACCGCGUCACCCGGACGGCUACUCUUGCUCCCUAACAUAUUCAAGCCGACGUUCCAUGGUGGUUUCGACAUAAUAAGGCGUCUAUGGCUCGGCAUUGUAUUUGAAACUGUAUUCCCUGGCUUUUCCGAGCUGUUGCUGCUGCCACAAUGGGCAUUCAAGGCCUGCUCCCACUGCUCAAGUCAAUCCACAGGCCUGCCGAACUGAAGAAGUAUGCUGGAGAGACGUUUGGCGUCGACGCAUAUGGAUGGCUCCAUCGAGGCGCCAUUGGCUGUGCCAUUGAGCUUGCCCAGGGCAAACCGACCCGCAAGUAUGUCGACUUCUCCAUGCAUCGUGUCAGGAUGAUGAAGUAUUUCGGCGUGACCCCAUACCUUGUGUUCGAUGGCGACUUUCUGCCCAGCAAAGCGAGUGAGGAGGCAUCCCGAGCCAAACGACGUGAGGAAAGUAAGAGGGCAGGCAUGGAGCUCCUCAAGGCCGGUAAAACGUCUCAGGCAUACCUCGAUCUGCAAAAAGCCAUCGAUGUCACCCCCGAGAUGGCCCGACACUUGAUCGAGGAGUUGAAGACGGCCGGCGUCUCGUACGUCGUUGCACCCUACGAAGCAGAUGCCCAGCUAGUCUACCUCGAGCGCCAAGGCAUCAUCAACGGCAUCAUCUCCGAGGAUUCUGACCUCCUGGUGUUCGGUGCCAAGCGAUUGUUGACUAAGCUUGAUCAGCACGGCCAAUGUGUCGAAAUCAAUCGGAGAGACUUCUGCGCAGUCCGGGAGGUCUCUCUCACGGGUUGGACCGACGCCGAGUUCCGUCAGAUGGCGAUUAUGAGUGGUUGUGACUACCUGGGGGGAGUUAAUAACAUGGGACUGAAGACGGCGUACCGCAUGAUCCGAAAAUACAAGACGCCAGAAAGGGUCGUCCGAAUGCUCCAGUUCGAGGGGAAAUACCGAUUUCCCGAUAAUUAUCUGGCAGCGUUCAAACAAGCCGAGUUGACAUUUCUCCACCAACGAGUCUUCUGCCCGAAGCAGCAGCAGCUGGUCUUUCUAACCGAACCGGACUCGUCGCACGACAUCGAAAAGAUGCCGUUCAUCGGUGCCGCGGUCGAGACAGAUCUGGCCAGAGCAAUUGCUGUUGGAGAUGUCAAUCCUAUCACAAAAGAAAAGAUCAUUCUGUCGAGAUUGCCAGAGAAGAGACGGAAUAGCCAAGCUGCGCCUCCCGCAGCCGCACAAAGUCGACCACCGGGCAAACCGAUAACCUCGUACUUCGAAGGCCAUCGCCGAAUUCCGUUGGGCGAGAUGGACCCCAAUUGUUUCGUUGUUGAGCCUGGCCAGGUCAGAAACUUGGCUGAGAACAGUCUCCCCCGAGUAUUUCCACUUCCUCGGCCUUACGUAGACGGUGCGCAGGAACCGUCACGGCCACCAAGACCCUACGCUGCACCUCGACUGCGCCGGCGGACCGAGCCGGUUUCAAGGGUACUCAUCGGCCUCGCAGACCCCCAUGCGCAGUCGCAAUCUCGUCGCAGAACAGAGGGGCCGACGGUCCGAAGCAUCGACGGCGCUGGCUACCAGAAGAAUGGCCACCCAACCCGCCCAUCAAAGAAGGCGCGGCUGUGUGAAGAGGCGACAUUGCAGGCUGAACCAAACCGGGAGCCUGAAAGGAGCAAGUUCUUCCCAGUGAAAAAGAUGCAAAAAACCACAAAGCCGGAAUUGCAUCUCCUUUCGGACGACUCGAUAGAGGACGCUUUACUUGACCUCCCGGAUAUCGACGGAUGGCAACCAGCUCGACCGCCCAAGGGUGUUGCGAGGCUCGACAUCUUUGAGGAAAAGGCGGCCCUGGAGUUGGGAUGCAUAACUGCUGAGGCCAAGGAUGACGAAGUUAUUCCCAACAGCGAUAUUGAAGUACCAGUAUCGUCCCCAGUGGGUCGAGUUUUCCAGAGCGAGGCGCACGAGGCGUCCCCAUGCGACACACCGGCAAGGGGAUCCCUCGGCCAGUUCACCUACACACCCCUGGUGGCUAAACCCGCAUCGCCGCUGGCAACCCGAAUUGCCCAUGGGUUACCAACGCCAGCAUCUAGCAUGCAGAAGCCCACGGCCUCUCAAGGCCGCGUUCGCGAGUUCCACAACACAUCAAUGCCCACACCACUUCAGCGGAUUGGUGCCCAGGCCUUCCAGCGGGGCAAAGGGUCUUUUACUCCGCCGCUCAGCCCACGGAGCUCAGGCGCCAAGAACGAACAUCGCCGACGGAGCUAUGCGUCGUUGCCAGUCAAUCCAUCCUUCGUUCCUCUACCGAAGGUGGAUAUGGCCGAGGUGGAGGCUCUCAACACCACUUUCGGUAGCGAAGACCAGAUCAUCCCAGAUAGCGACGGGGAGAAUGAUCUAGAGGCUGACAUCGCCGACACAACUGAAGAACAGGAGCUUGCCCAUGGCUCAAAAUCUGGGAGUCGAUUGAACCUCUCAAGAUUCCUUCAUGCUUGAUUAGUCGAUACCCAUACUUUACCUAUAAGGGUGUGACGUGUGGAAAAGGGGUAUUUUUAGAGCACGUUGGCAUGGUGUUUGGAGGUGUUUGGAGGAUAACUGUUAGUGAAUGGCGCCAGGUUGUUUGUUGGCGUUGUUGGAAGCACGGUCAUGGCACAUUGUAUUACAGAGGGUAUUCGAAGUUUGCAGUCACAAUCAAGACGAAAGAAUCUUUGUUUGAUCAAGCUGAGCUGUAGUCACCUAAUACAAGUGAGCUUGGGCAUAAUGUCACCAAAACUCACAAACCCCGCGAGUUACCCCACCUUGUCUCGUGCACAGAUGGGUAGGUUGGC